GUUAUAACCUAAAUUUAAUAUUUAUAUGUUUUAAAACAAAUAACAAAUAUUAUAAAAAUGGGCAAUGAACAGUCUGUUAUUCCUGGUAUAGAAAUAGAUGAAAAAGCUAUCGAAGUUUGUGAUUUUUGGACUCAACAUUCCGCAGCUAUUUUAAAUCAAGAUAAUUUAAAUCAUUUAACAGUGUUUAGUGGUGAAUUAUUUGUUAAUGGUACAUUGUGGGUAUCUCAAACGCCCUUAGAGAAAAAUGCCAGAAAUAUAAUGAUAUAUCGUCAUCCGAGUAUAGUAAAAUACAUAUCUUCAUGGAAGAAGAACUCAAAGUUUUAUUUAGCUGUCGAAGAGAUAUUUCCAUUGGCUCAUGAAUUGUCCAGAUUAGACACAUUGCAAAUAUCAGUGGGGUUGUACUCAAUUUUGAAGGCAUUAAACUUUUUACAUUCGAAUGCAUCAGUAUCUCAUAAUAAUAUUUGCUUAACAUCGAUUUAUUUAUCGAUUGAUGGAAACUGGAAGCUGGCAGGAAUGGAAUAUCUGUGUAAAUAUAGCGAGUUGAGCUGUGAUUAUCUCAUGAAAACUAAAUCUGGUAGAUACAACAAAUCGAUAGAUCCUAACGAGGAAAAGAUUAUUGAUAACAAAUCAAAGCGAAAAGACGCCGUAGAUAUUUAUGGAUUCGGUGUGCUGGUUUGUGAAAUUUUCCAAUCCAAAUCAGAUGCUGAUUUGCCCCAAUUGGUACCUUUCCUCGAUUAUUGUAAAAAUGAGUUGAAAAAUGCAGAUGUAUCGAAAAGGCCUACAUUUAAAACUAUAUUGGAACACGAAUUUUUCAACCACGAUUUCAUAACGAUUCACUCGUAUCUACUGGAACUACCGCUUAAAAGCGACAAUGAUAAAACGCAUUUUUUCCAAAACUUAUCGGAAAAAUUACUCAAAUUCGAUGAGGGCAUCGUAGCUUCUCAACUGAGCGGUUUAUUACUCUCCAGAUUGGUAUUAUUGAAUAAAAUCGCGCAGAAUAAUCUACUACCUCAAUUACUAACACCACGUAACGGCACUGAGGAAACAUCAACUUCGAUAUUUUCCGAGAGCAAUUUCAAGAAAUUCGUUUGCCCGAAACUACUGGAAAUAUUUAAAGUUCGUGAUGUGGAAAUACGUUUAUUAUUGCUAAACUAUUUUCCAAAGUUUAUGUACGCAUUUACGAAAGAAGCUUUGCAAAUUAAUAUUCUACCUGAGCUCUUGGUUGGCAUCAAAGACACUAAUGAUCAUUUAGUGUCGAUGACAUUGAAAACAUUAGCAAAUCUUGUUCCAAUUUUGGGAUCAUCUGUGGUCAUUGGGGGCAAACGAGCGAAGCUAUUUAACGACGGCAGGCCAAUACAUGCAGUAAGGAAACCAUCUACUAGAACGGUAAGGUUUGCGGAGUUUACGGAAACCUCCCAAAUAUCCCUGGAAUCCGACCAGAUUAGCAUAAACACCUCGACAACGGAUUUACACAAUGUAAACGAACUGCCAGAGCGGCAAAGACCUGAUGGUGAAGAAGGUGAAACGUCAACGGAAGAUGUAGAUCCCUCAAUGGAGGAUGAUGUAGACAACUGGGAAGAUUGGGAUAUAAAUGAAAAUCCGACAACUACUGUUCAGGAAGAAAUAACGGAUAAUCAACAAUCAGAUUUACUAAAUUCUGAAACCGACGCUAAUCAACAAAAAUCAAGUGCCAUAAUUCAAGACAUAUUACAAUUAGACAUAAAAAAUCAAAAAGUAGAUGACGAAGGUGCCGAUUUUAAUUUCUUCCAAGACAUGGAACCCGUUAUACAAGCCUCGAAUAAAUUUAUAAUCGACACUAACAGCAAAAGCAGCAUUGAACAAGAACUAAGCAAUAAACUUGUUUUAAAUGCAACUGAUGAUGACGAUAAUCAUACAGGGUGGGAAGAAGAAGACUGGGAAUGAAUGCGUUACUUUAUACCAAAACUUGUUAUGAAUUUAUUUAAUGGAAAAUACUGUUUCAUAUAUG